UGGUUGGUACUGAUUAGACAGCCAGCUAGAUAGUGCCAACAAGAUCAGAGAGAAUUUGUUAGAUCGAGAGACCGACUUGUCUUCACAUAAAAUCAACUUUAAAAAGGACAGCCAGUAUAAUGUUUUAUUCAAAUUCAUGGACUAAGUGCUUGAUAUGCCUUAUCUUUAUAACAAGUGGAAAUGCCGAGUGUCCCAAACCUCAAGUAGAGGGAAAUGUUGUUCUAACGAAUGAUGCGCUAUUAAUGAACGAUUUUCCGGAGGGGGAGGAAGCCACUUUUGAGUGUGCCAACGGCUACUUGAAAGAGCAAGGAUCUGAAAGAAUCACCUGCACGAGUGGAAAGUGGAGCACGCUCAAAUUAACCUGCAAAAAGAAGGACUGUGGUGCCCCCAGGAAGAUGCCACAUUUGACAUAUGAGUUUGAGGAAGGCACGCUUUUUGGUGCAUCAGCAAGAGCAAUCUGUGAUAAAGGUUAUCAACUUAUGGGCCCAAGUUACAGGCAGUGUUAUGCCAUAGGUUGGAGUGGAAGACCAAGAUGUAAAGUGGUAACUUGUGAUAAACCUCCUGAGAUAAUGAAUGGCACGAUCACAGAGAAGCCUGGCGAAGAGUUACCAGAGUAUGGUGGUGUCAUACAGUACUCCUGUAAUGAAGGUUACACCCUCAUUGGAAACAAAUCAAUUGAGUGCAAUGAAGAUGGUGAAUACAACUCAUUACCUCCUGAAUGUAAAGAUGUCAAUGACAUUCCUUUGAAACCAACAGCAACUAUUUCAAUAACAACAACAACAACACCAACAACAACUGUUCCACCCACAAUACGAGAUGUCAAUGACAUUCCUUUGAAACCAACAGCAACUAUUUCAAUAACAACAACAACAACAACAACAACAACAACUGUUCCACCCACAAUACGAGAUGUCAAUGACAUUCCUUUGAAACCAACAGCAACUAUUUCAAUAACAACAACAACAACUGUUCCACCCACAAUACGAGUUUCAGGGAGGAAUAAUGGCGUUGGGGAACAUGACACCAAUGCAGCUACUGGGAAUGCAGCAGUUGUGAUAAGUGUGAUCAGCACUGUCAUAGUUGCACUUAUCAUUGUGCUGUUCAAACUGUAUCAUUGUUAUAAGAGGAAAGGGGCUAGGACUGCACCUAUCUGCUAGUCUGCAUCUGUAGCCUUGAAAAGAAGUGCCAGCGGAUUGUUCCUCUGACCAUUCCCUGGUUGGACAAAGCCAUUUCAUUUACAGUGCCCUUAUGUAUGUGGCAUUACUGAAUGGAAGUUAUAAUUACACUUUUUAUUAAGUUGUUUUUGAAAGUCAGUUCAGCGGAAAUGUUUUAACCCAAUGUUCGAAAACCGGUAUAUAUUUUUUUCUAUUGAUAUACAAAACUGAAAUAUACGUAAUUGUCUUUUCAACUACCAUAUUUGACUACAGGUUGCUAGCUUGCUCUGUUGUGUGGGCAGAAAACCCUGUAAUAAAAUGAGUGCACUAAACAAAAUGUAUGAUUGAGGAAAUCCCCAGGCUGAUAAUCACUGACAAUUUCUAAAUGUGUGCUUACUAAUCGUGGCUCACAGGAAAAUAACAGUAAGAGACAGUUUCCUGGACCCAGGUUAAGGCUACAGCACUGUAUUCCUUUUCAAGUAGGCUUAAUCUGGGUCCAGGAAACCAGCUCUUCAUGUUAAUUUCCUGCAGCCCCAAAUGUCACAAAAUAAUGUCAAUCUUAUUAGAGGUUUUGUACUUUGAUUUUAUAGUGUGUAUUGUGUGAUUUAAGAGAUCAAAUAAUUUUUAUGAUAACUGCCUUUUCUCCUUCUUUGAGACACAUUUGUGUAAAUAUGAAAGUAUGUACAUUGUCUAAUAAUCAUGGUUGGGUAGGUUCAUUUGUAAAUGUAAUCUGCUACAGUUACUAUACUAUAUCCCAGAAAUGUUCCAUAUGCACAAAAAGCUUAUUUCUCUCAAAUGUUGUGCAUAAAUUAGUUUACAUCUAGGGUUGCCAACUUUUUCACUACCAAAUAAGGGACAAAAGGUUGCGUUCCAGUGCACAGUGCCACGCCGGUAUGGGUAUGGUGUCGUGUGAAUGAAUAUACAGUGUAUAUUCAUAUUCUUAUUAAAUUGUAAAGGCAAACAUUUCUAUAUUCCAUUUAGCCUAUAGCUUUACUAAAAUGGUAUCAUUAUGUAAACUUAUGUGAAUAAACCUCAAA